AUGGCUAUGUUGAGGUUGUCCAAAUCUACACAUAACAGUGAUGAGCACAAUGUUAUCUCAGUCCCUACCCAACUAAUGCUGGGUACCCGUUUGCUGGACCUGCUCCAUCACUCUUACCGAAAACCUGGGAAAACACGGGCUAAAGGAAUGCUGAGCUACAGCAAGAUCUUCAGGUGCAAGCAGCUGUUAUCAGGUGCCGUCACCAGCACAGUCAGGUCCAGUCACCAGCACACAGGUCCAGUCACCAGCACACAGUCAGGUCCAGUCACCAGCACACAGUCAGGUCCAGUCACCAGCACAGUCAGGUCCAGUCACCAGCACACAGGUCCAGUCACCAGCACACAGUCAGGUCCAGUCACCAGCACAGUCAGGUCCAGUCAUCAGCACAGUCAGGUCCAGUCACCAGCACACAGUCAGGUCCAGUCACCAGCACACAGGUCCAGUCACCAGCACAGUCAGGUCCAGUCACCAGCACACAGUCAGGUCCAGUCACCAGCACACAGGUCCAGUCACCAGCACACAGGUCCAGUCACCAGCACACAGUCAGGUCCAGUCAUCAGCACACAGUCAGGUCCAGUCACCAGCACACAGUCAGGUCCAGUCACCAGCACACAGUCAGGUCCAGUCACCAGCACACAGUCAGGUCCAGUCACCAGCACACAGUCAGGUCCAGUCACCAGCACACAGUCAGGUCCAGUCACCAGCACACAGUCAGGUCCAGUCACCAGCACACAGUCAGGUCCAGUCACCAGCACACAGUCAAGUGCAGUCACCAGCACACAGUCAGGUCCAGUCACCAGCACACAGUCAAGUGCAGUCACCAGCACACAGUCAGGUCCAGUCACCAGCACAGUCAGGUCAAGUCACCAGCACACAGGUCCAGUCACCAGCACACAGGUCCAGUCACCAGCAACAGUCAGAUGCAGUCACCAGCACACAGUCAGGUCCAGUCACCAGAAGUCAUAUCCACCUGACUAA